AGCAGCAGUUCAGAAACAGAGCAAGGGCUUCCAUUUUAGCACCAGCAGCCACAGCAGCAGCCUGGGAGAGCACUGGGGGCAGCUGGGACAAAGUGAGCUCAGAGAAGUGCCUCUGAUCAGCCUGAGAGCACAUUCCAGCAGAGGAAAAUGAGCCUCUCAGCCUUCACUAAGCCAGUGUGACGGGCUGAGUGCUCUUUGACUCAGGACUUUACCUCCCUCUCUCUCUUUCAGCACUGAUUGACAAAGGGAAUCAGUGGAAAAAGAAGAAUCAAAGUCCUCGCUUUCAUUUUGAAAAGCAGGAAGCCUGAGCUUCAGGAUGGAGGAGGGAUAUGAACUCGACCUGACAUAUAUCACAGAGCGCAUCAUCGCUGUGUCCUUCCCCCGGGGAUGCUCAGAGGAGAUCUACGCACACAACCUGAAGGAUGUCACGCGAAUGCUCAAGUCCAAACAUGCAGACAAUUACCUGAUCAUCAACUUGUCAGAGAAAAGACAUGAUCUCUCUAAAAUGAACCCCAAGACCCUGGACACGGGCUGGCCUGACCUGCAUGCCCCCCCUCUGGAUAAGAUAUGCACUAUCUGCAAGGCCAUGGAGAGCUGGCUCAAUGCUGACCCUCUGCAUGUGGUGGUCAUACACUGUAGGGGCGGCAAAGGUCGAAUCGGCGUGGUCAUUUCAUCCUUUGUGCAUUUUACCGAUAUAUCAGCCAGUGCUGAUCAGGCGUUGGACCGCUUUGCAAUGAGGAAGUACUACGAUGAUAAGGUCUCAGCUCUAAUGACACCUUCCCAGAAACGGUAUGUCUGGAUCCUCAACAGUCUUCUGAGCGGAUCGAUGAAGAUCAACGCCUCCCCCUUGUUCCUGCACUGCAUCAUCCUUCACGGGAUACCGAACUUCGACGCCACUGGAGUAUGUCGUCCAUACCUCAAGGUGUACCAGGGAAUGCAAGCGGUGUAUUCCUCUGGAGUCUAUCACAUUGGUCCAGGCCACAGAGACAGGGUAUGCAUCACUCUGGAGCCUGCCCAGCUGCUAAAAGGAGACAUCAUGGUUAAAUGCUAUCACAAGAGUCAACUUACUUCGGAGCGUGAAGUCAUUUUUCGGCUGCAGUUCCACACGGGAGCAGUGCAGGGCUACAACCUGAUGUUUGAAAAAGAGGACAUGGAGACCGCCAACAAAGAUCCCAGAUUUCCAGAUUAUGGGAAAGUGGAGCUGGUGUUCUCAGAGGGCCCAGAGAAGAUUCCAGGUGCGGACAGGUGGCAGAACGGCGCAGAUGUCAUUGUGGACUACAACACAGCGGAUCCUCUGACCCGAUGGGACUCCUACCAGAACAUCUGUGAUGGGGAAGUGCCACGUUCUCAGGGGCUAACCCAGGACAAAGCAGCAAAUAAGAGAAGCCCCAACAGCGGAGUGACCACACUGGGUCGAGGGGCCCGCACCACCUCCGCCACCUCUAGUCCCGACCACAGUGAUCACGCCCUCUCUGCCAGUAGCGACUCAGGCCUCUCUAGCACUUCCCUGUGGGCAGAUAAACCCACACCUAUCACUACCACCCGGUCCAACCUGGGUCCCAGCGUACAAGAAAAGGCCCAGCUGAAGCGCCUUUUGAGUGGCUUCGGUCUUGAGGAGCCCUCCCUUGAGAUGGAUGAUCCAGGCCCCAGGGUGGGCAUCCAGCGGAUAGUCCCUGCCCAAGUGCACAUCAAUGGAGAUCCCCGUCCCAGGGAGAGGGAAACAGACAUCCUGGACGAUGAGGUCAUGACCGGUCAUGAUCUGCACAGUGUGGACAGCCUGGGGACUUUGUCAUCCUCCUGCCACAAGAGCAGCCAGAACUCCUUGCUGUCAGACGGCUUUGGGAGUCCUGGAGGAGAGGAGCAGCAGCUGCCCCAAAACCAACACCACCUCCACCACCCUGCCCCUACUUCCGUGGAGGAAUAUGACAGAGCCUACGCUGAGGCUAGGAGAGGCUGUCUGGGAGCCCGGAGCAACUCGGUGGCCUCCUCUGCUCCCAGCAGUGUUUCUAUGCCCAAGCAGCACAUUUACAGACAGGGAAGCUAUUCCACACAGUCCUGGGUUCGCCAGCAGCAAAUGGUGGCUGCACAACAGUUCGGCUACAUGCCUGAGGAUGGAAAUGACACGGACAGGUACCCAGGGAACAAGCAAGCGAGCACCCCGCCUCAAGCAGGUCUGCCCACCGAACCACAGGUCCCCACCAGGGACACGACUGACGCCCUGAGAAAAGCAGCGUCUCACAGUGAUCAGCCAACGUUGAACAAUAACAACAACAACAAACGGGACGAGGAGUUCAAAUCUCUGACCGUGGACAUUGACAACUCCAUCGACCAGCUCAACCAGCUGAUCAUGGACCUGGAUCCCACUUUCGUGCCAGUUUCGACCCGCUCCAGCUCCAUUAAGAGGAACGGCGGGGCACACGUGAACGGCUCGGCCCCCAAAUGCUCCAACGGCAUCAAUCACAGACUCGGCGAUAACAAUGCAGCCACCCUGCAAAGCACACAGCAGACAGCUGUCCAGUCCAGCGAGGUGCGGGCAGAUGGCAUUCGGACUCUGAGUCGCCAAGGAAGUAGUGUGACGGAUCACCCAGGCUUCUGCACUUCAGGGUGGGCUGGGACAGAGGAGUACAGGGGCCCUCGGACAUACUCCCCUUGUGUGCCUCAGUCCCAGCAUGGCAUGUUGUACAGGAGUGACAGUGUUGACUACAGGGCUCAGGGCCCAGAUGUGGACAGCGGGGUUGAGGCAGGGAGUGACAUGACUCCGCCCACUCCUGCCUUCCCCAUAUCUCCACCUACACCCUAUGUGAAAAAUAUGUCGGAAUUCACUCUCAGGCAAACUCCAUCUCCAAGCAUACAGUCUUAUGGAGGCUACAGAACAGAACAUGAGCCCCAAGGAUAUUCAGAGAUGAUUGAUCAUGUUGGACUACCAGAAGAUGGCAUACCAGAUGCCUCCCUCAGCUGCCACAGGUUGCUAAGCACCACACGCUCCAACUCCAUUGGUGGGACCCUUCAGCGGACAGACAGACCAUCAAUGAGCCAGCCCUGGCCAGAGCAUCCCAUCCUGAGCCACCACUCCUCUGUAAGCAGCUACCCCUCCAGACAACCACUCCAGCACACCAUGUCACUGGACUAUGGCCACCACUCUCCUCCCCUGUCGCACCCGCACCCUCAUCCUGCCCCCAAUGCCCACAGCUCUCCCCGAAGCAUCCAGCGAGGCCAGAUGGCCCGCUAUGCUCUCAGCCACAGUCCUGCUCAGAGCUUUGAUGAGCAGGAUGACUCAGGCCUGGGCUAUGGCACAGACUGCGCACCCUCCACCUCCUCUCUCUUGGGAAAUGGAAGCAUGGACAGGGAUGUUCUGACUUCCAUGGAUGGACAGAAUCAGUUGCAGCAGCCCCAGGUGCAACCCCCGCUUCUGCCUGAGAAGAAGAGGAUAUCAGAUGGGGAGCACUCACUGGGAACAGCCUCUCCGGCCCUCAGUGGGUUCUCAAGCCCCCAUAGUGGGAGCUCCCUAAGUAUUCCCUUCCCUAACGUCUUGCCUGACCUUUCGGCUCAGACAGCUGGUACAGCCUCACCAUUGCCAGAUGUUCUGGCCAGCAAGCAAGUGACAGUAAAAUUUGUGCAAGACACAUCAAAAUUCUGGUACAAGCCAGAUAUCUCAAGGGAUCAAGCCAUUUCAGUCCUGAAGGACAAAGAGCCUGGCUGCUUUAUCGUUCGGGACAGCCACUCCUUCAGAGGAGCCUAUGGGCUGGCCAUGAAGGUGGCUACGCCCCCACCUUCGGUCCUCCAGCAGACUAAGAAAGGAGGGGAUCUUUCCAAUGAGUUAGUACGCCACUUCCUGAUUGAGUGUACGCAGAAAGGUGUUCGGUUAAAGGGUUGCCCCAAUGAGCCCUACUUCGGAAGUUUAACUGCACUGGUCUGCCAGCAUUCGAUCACCCCCUUGGCCCUGCCCUGCAAACUUAUCAUACCUGACAGAGAUCCUCUUGAGGAUUUUGUGGAGAAUACCUCACAGUCCGUCACCAACUCCGCCGCUGAGCUCCUCAAACAGGGAGCAGCCUGUAAUGUGUGGUACCUCGCCUCGGUGGAGAUGGAGUCUCUGACGGGCGUCCAGGCAGUGCAGAAAGCCACCAGUGUGACUCUGAGCUCGGAGCCCCCACCCACCUCCACUGUGGUCCAUUUCAAGGUCUCCUCCCAGGGAAUCACCCUCACUGACAACCAGAGGAAGCUCUUCUUCAGGAGGCAUUACGCCGUCAACACAGUCAUAUUCUGCGCAUUGGACCCUCAAGAUAGAAAGUGGAAAAAAGAUGGCUGCCCUUCAGCAAAGAUUUUUGGCUUUGUGGCAAGAAAAACUGGCAGUGCCAUGGACAAUGUGUGUCACCUGUUUGCCGAGCACGACCCUGAGCAGCCGGCCAGUGCCAUUGUCAACUUUGUCUCAAAGGUGAUGAUUGGCUCUCAGAAAUGUAAGUAGGCCUCCCUUGGACUGAGCUGGCUGCCUGGACUAGAAACAGGAAGUAAACAAGGACUCAAGGACUGGACGCCAAACAAUGGAGUUAUUUUUUUGCCCCCAAAUGUUAAGGACAGAUGGUGUGUUUGUAAUGCUCACACCACAGUGAUCAGCACCAGCAGCCCAUUCUGUUUGAAGCGCUCCUCUGAUGAACUUUAAGGAAGCCAGCUAAGAAAGCACCAAAAUCAUAACGAGACACAUAAUCUUCUGCUACUGUUUGAAACCUGUAGUCUCUUGCGUUUCUACAGUUAGAAAUAUUACUUCCCAACAUAUUUUGUAUACAUAGUACAGUGGCUGUUUUUUUGUUUUUUUUUUUCUAAUCCGCACAGCUAUUUGUGGAUAAAUUAGGAAAAUGCAGUAGUGUUGCAUGUAAGGCAUGUAUGGUAUGUCUUUUUAAAUAUUUAACCAAAACAAACUUUAUUCAAGCUAUUAACAUUGUUUAAGUGUAAGCCAUUUUAGAAACACCUCCACGCUGCAUUUAUCGUACAUUAGUUAUGCAGAAUUGAGGCAAUUUCUUGUGGAGCUUAAACAAAAGUGCAAAAGUAGCGCAGCAUACGCGUUAAAAAAGUGGGACUUAUGGAAUGGUGACAUCUGAAAGUAUAAACGUUACAGGAUUAUUCUUUAUCUAUGCAAUGUAAAAUUUUAUUUUUUUAAUCCACCGCAUACUUGUGCAGCAUGUAUUUGGUCUCUCCAAACUCAAUGUUUCUGCAUGACCCAUUUAUGUUAAAUACUUUUCUUCUAUUCCGUUAUGUUGUAUGUGAAUAUGACCACUUUUAAAGCUAUCUUAAAAUGUGUGAGUGUGUUGAAAUGAAUGAAACCAUAGAAAAAUAUUUUAAGUAAACCCUAAUAUAUAUAUAUAUUAUGUUGACAUGAGUUGGUUAAAAAUGCAUCACUGCUUAAUGUAGAAAACAGUUUAAAUGGCAUUCCUCUCACAGCUGCCAAACUAGUGUUUUUUUUUUUUUUUUUUCUUUGUAUUGUCCUCCUUGUGGGAGCUUUUGGCCACUAACUGUAUUGUAAUUUUUCAGUGUCAAAAAUAUAUCAGUAUACAUCAUUUUGUACAUUUGAAUUUGAAUUUAAAGCAAAGCUAUAGGCCUUUUAUGCUGUACAUGUGAUAGUUCUUAACAAGUUCUUACGAGAAAGAAAAGUGCUCAGUGUUGGAAUUGUGCCAGUAAAUAUUUUAUAUGAUAUACCCAGCAAGUCAUCGGUCAAUGACAUAUACAAUAUACUAUCUCUGGGACAAAUAUUAAGUGGUUUGUUUCACCCAGCUGACAACAUUGUGUAUGAGAUGAUGACCAGGAAACAUUUUCAUGCCCUUGUGCUUUACUUUGGUCACUUUUUGUGUUGGGCAACUGUGUUAUCUAGAGAGGGACCAACCACAAUGAAGCUUUGUUGAUAUGCAUUGAUUAUGUACACAUAUGUUAUUAUGUCGUUAUCUUUUUAAUGGCAUACUAUCUGUUCCUCACACCUAUAUACUAUCUUAUAUUUUUAAGAGUAAUACAUUUUAUUGUGUUACACCUGAACAGUUGAUUUGUAUAUUGGAAUGCAAUGUUUGAUGUGCUCUGUAAAUAAACAA